AGAAUUAAUGUCUCGUUCUGACCCUUCACUGACUAUUGAGCAGGUUGGCACCGGAUUCCCAUCUUCCAGGCUUCUAACUUGUCGUUGGUUCUUCUGAAAGAAAGCAGAGCUUGGAAAUAAGGCGUUUGAUUUAAUGCUUGAACGUUAACAUGGUGAACUUCAUCCUGAAAGGGGAGGGAUGCCUCAGACCUGGAGAAAAAUAAUAUUUUGAGAGCAGUGUUAAAAAUGUCUUGGCAGCUGCUUUUAAAAAGGUGACCAGAGGGACUGCAACCAUGACGGACUCUAAAUACUUCACCACCAAUAAAAAAGGGGAGAUUUUUGAGCUGAAAGCAGAGCUGAACAAUGAGAAGAAAGAGAAAAGGAAGGAAGCCGUGAAGAAAGUCAUCGCGGCCAUGACGGUGGGGAAGGACGUCAGCUCUCUCUUCCCAGACGUGGUGAACUGCAUGCAGACGGACAACCUGGAGCUGAAGAAAUUGGUGUACCUCUACCUCAUGAACUAUGCCAAAAGCCAGCCGGACAUGGCCAUCAUGGCCGUCAACAGCUUCGUGAAGGACUGCGAGGACCCCAACCCUCUCAUCCGCGCCCUGGCCGUGCGCACGAUGGGCUGCAUCCGCGUGGACAAGAUCACCGAGUACCUCUGCGAGCCGCUCCGCAAGUGCCUGAAGGACGAGGACCCCUACGUGCGCAAGACGGCGGCCGUCUGCGUGGCCAAGCUCCACGACAUCAACGCUCAGAUGGUGGAGGAUCAGGGCUUCCUGGAUUCCCUCCGGGACCUCAUUGCCGACUCCAACCCCAUGGUCGUGGCCAACGCCGUUGCUGCCUUAUCGGAAAUCAGCGAGUCACACCCCAAUAGCAACCUGCUGGACCUGAACCCCCAGAACAUCAACAAGCUCCUGACUGCGCUGAACGAGUGCACCGAGUGGGGCCAGAUCUUCAUCCUGGAUUGUCUCUCCAACUAUAAUCCCAAGGACGAUCGGGAAGCCCAGAGUAUCUGUGAGCGCGUGACGCCCCGCCUCUCCCACGCCAACUCCGCUGUGGUGCUCUCAGCCGUCAAAGUGCUCAUGAAGUUCCUGGAGCUCCUUCCCAAGGAGUCGGAUUACUACAACAUGUUGCUGAAGAAGCUGGCCCCGCCGUUGGUCACCUUGCUGUCCGGCGAGCCCGAGGUCCAGUAUGUCGCCUUGAGGAACAUCAACCUGAUUGUGCAGAAAAGACCUGAAAUCCUGAAGCAGGAGAUCAAGGUGUUCUUUGUGAAGUACAACGACCCCAUCUAUGUGAAGCUUGAGAAGCUAGACAUCAUGAUCCGCUUAGCCUCCCAAGCUAACAUCGCCCAGGUCCUGGCAGAGCUCAAGGAGUAUGCCACAGAGGUGGAUGUGGAUUUUGUCCGCAAAGCUGUGCGCGCCAUCGGCCGAUGCGCUAUUAAAGUCGAACAAUCCGCCGAGCGCUGCGUGAGCACCCUGCUGGACCUCAUCCAGACGAAGGUCAACUACGUGGUCCAGGAAGCCAUUGUGGUGAUCCGAGACAUUUUCCGCAAAUACCCUAACAAGUACGAGAGCAUCAUUGCCACCCUCUGCGAGAACCUGGACUCUCUGGACGAGCCCGAUGCCCGAGCCGCCAUGAUCUGGAUCGUGGGCGAAUACGCGGAGCGCAUCGAUAACGCGGAUGAGCUUCUGGAGAGCUUUCUGGAAGGAUUCCAUGAUGAAAGCACUCAGGUCCAGCUCACUUUACUCACUGCAAUUGUGAAACUGUUUUUGAAGAAGCCCUCAGAGACGCAGGAGCUGGUCCAGCAGGUGCUCAGUCUUGCCACACAGGACUCGGACAAUCCAGACUUGCGUGACCGUGGCUACAUCUACUGGCGCCUCUUAUCCACGGACCCGGUUACUGCCAAGGAAGUGGUGCUGUCGGAGAAGCCCCUGAUCUCGGAGGAGACCGAUCUGAUCGAACCCACCCUGCUGGACGAGCUGAUCUGCCACAUUGGGUCUCUGGCCUCCGUGUACCACAAGCCGCCCAACGCCUUCGUGGAGGGCAGCCAUGGCAUCCACCGGAAGCACCUGCCCAUCCACCACGGGAGCACCGAUGCUGGAGAUAGUCCCGUGGGGACCAUGGCCGCCCAGAACCUCGAGCAGCCUCAGGUGAUCCCCUCCCAGGGCGACCUCCUGGGCGACCUUUUGAACCUCGACCUUGGCCCACCCACGAACGUCCCCCAGGUGUCCUCCAUGCAGAUGGGCGCUGUGGACCUCCUCGGGGGUGGCCUGGACAGCCUGGCAGAGAGAAGUGAUGGCGCAGCUGCGAUCUCAGUGCGGUCCCUGCCACCUCAGAAUAGAGCCCGGGCCGAGAGAAAGGAGCGGAUAGCUUUCCCACGCCGGAGGUACAAGCGUAAUGGCCCGUUCCGAGCCGCUAGCGCCACCCCACUGCACCGCGUUGGGGCAAAGAUCUGGACAUGCAGAGGAGGCCAAACCGAGCUUGGCAGUGACCUUGGAGGGGGAAUUGGUGGCAGUCCUGCAGUGGGGCAGACCUUCAUCCCCUCCUCCGUGCCGGCGACUUUUGCUCCCUCGCCGACUCCGGCCGUGGUCAGCAGUGGCCUCAACGACCUCUUCGAGCUCUCCUCCGGUAUCGGCAUGGCGCCCGGCGGAUACAUGGCCCCCAAAGCGGUCUGGCUGCCGGCCGUGAAAGCGAAAGGGCUAGAAAUCUCCGGGACCUUCAGCCACCGCCAGAGCCACAUCUACAUGGACAUGACUUUCACCAACAAGGCCCUGCAGCACAUGAGCGACUUCGCCAUCCAGUUCAACAAGAACAGCUUUGGGGUCAUUCCCAGCACCCCGCUGGCCAUCCACACACCGCUGAUGCCCAACCAGAGCAUCGACGUCUCUCUUCCCCUCAACACCCUGGGGCCCGUGAUGAAGAUGGAGCCACUCAACAACCUCCAGGUGGCAGUGAAGAAUAACAUUGACGUCUUCUACUUCAGCUGCCUUAUCCCCCUCAAUGUCCUUUUCGUGGAAGACGGGAAAAUGGAGCGCCAAGUCUUUCUCGCGACCUGGAAGGACAUUCCGAACGAAAACGAACUCCAGUUCCAGAUCAAAGAGUGUCACCUGAACGCCGACACAGUUUCCAGUAAGCUCCAGAACAACAACGUGUAUACCAUCGCCAAGAGGAACGUGGAAGGCCAGGACAUGUUAUACCAGUCGCUGAAGCUCACCAACGGCAUUUGGAUUCUGGCCGAACUGCGCAUCCAGCCGGGCAAUCCCAACUACACGCUUUCUCUCAAAUGCCGAGCCCCGGAAGUGUCCCACUAUGUCUACCAGGUUUACGAUGCCAUUUUGAAAAACUAGCCCUCCGGAGCCACCCGCCACCUCAGCACGGAGGGGCCAGAGGGAACGGGGCCAGCUCUGCACACUCCACCUUCGCCUUUCGUUUGGUGCAGGCUAAGAAAACUCUCUCUCUCUCUCUCUCUCUCUCUCUCUUUCUCUUUCUUUCUGUGGGGGGAAAAAUCCACUCUGUUAUUGUGUCUAAGGCCCCCUCCCGCCCCGCGCGGGGUUUCCAAACCGAGGUAGGAAGUCCGUGUCCGUGUGCUGGUGACAGUAGGGGAAAUGUCUCGUCCGAUCCGUCUAGCAUCCGUGAGAAGUCUGUAACCACUGUGCGUCGCCCGUUUCCCCAUCCCCCACCCCUGCGGUCCCGCCACCCCGCGGCAAGGUCGCCCGUUGGCUCCUGUCGUCGGCCGUUCUCCGUCUCCUGUGCCAACCGCUUCGUGUUUUCUAAAACCACUGUAGGAUUCUAGUCGAUAUUUUGCAAUCUGCACCCUCCGUGGCAAACACACCGAUGCGGCCGGUCCACACACAAACACUCUCUCGCUGCACUUUAUUAUUAUUAUUGUUGUUGUUUGGUUUUGUAUUGGUGUACUUCUGGUUUUCUUUUCUUGAUUUGUCAUGAACCGGCUGUUUGAAGGCAGACGGGGCUCAAGA